AUGGUUCGCUCAACAAUUCUCACGACCCUCGCCGUCACGCUUCUCGGCCAGGUCGCCCAGGCCACCUACGGCAUCGACACGGUCUACGAUGCCUCCAACUUUUUUCAAGAAUUCACCCACUUCAACCAGCCCGACCCGACCCAAGGCUUCGUCGAGUUUGUCGACCAGCCAACAGCCCAGGCUGCUGGCCUGAGUGGAAUUCGCAACGGUUCCAUCUACAUGGGCGUCGACUCUACCACCCAUAACCCUCCCAAUGGCCGUCGUUCCAUCCGCGUCGAAUCCCAAAAGACCUUUACCAAAGGCCUCUUCAUUGCCGACAUUGCCCACAUGCCUUCCAACACCUGCGGUGUCUGGCCUGCCUUUUGGAUGUUUGGUCCCAACUGGCCGACCUCUGGCGAAAUCGACAUUAUCGAGGGUGUCAACACGCAAACCAAAAACUCGAUUACUCUCCACACGCAAAACAAAUGCCAAAUGUCUGGAUUCGGAGCCAUGGCCAACUCAUUUGUCGUCGGCGACGAAUGCAACACCCAGGACGGCUGUGGCCAGCAGACCGGCGACAACCAAAACUACGGUGACGGUUUCAAUGCUAUUGGUGGCGGCGUCUAUGCCAUGGAGUGGACUGACUGGCGCAUUUCCGUCUGGUUCUUCCCCCGCUCCAAGAUUCCCGCCGACAUCAUCAGCGGCAGCCCUCAGCCCCUCAGCUGGGGUAACCCAAGCGGCAGCUUCUCCUCUGGCCUGACCUGCGACAUUGCGUCGGCCUUUAAGGACCACAAGAUUGUAUUCGACACGACCUUUUGCGGUGUCUGGGCCGGCAAAGUCUGGGACUCCAACAGCGAGUGCUCGGCCCACGGCCCUUCCUGCAAGGACUACGUCGCUGCCAACCCGCAAGACUUUGCUGAAGCCUACUGGAACAUCAACAGCCUCAAGGUUUACAAGGCUCAGUUUCUCUAG